AUGGCUGCUGGAUUCAAAGGACCGCACAACUUGAGCGGUGGGAAUGAUUCUGGGCGUAAGCGUGCAUCGGGCAAUGAGCUUGGGAAUGUUGAGGAAUAUGGAAUUGCUGAUGGUGAUCACUGGCAUAUGGUUAUUGAUCUUCAAAUUCAAGUUACUAGUGCUAUCAAGUUGAGUCUAUUCUGCCAAGAAUGA